AUGCACAGUGACCAAAUGGACAUUCACAACUCGAGAGAGGGGGCGCAUUGCAAGUCCAAAAUGGAUAACAAGAAAGCACAAGUUAAGGAAAUGCUGCACGAGAAAAAAGUGGGGUCCAAAAGGGGCUCCAAAAAGGGGUCAAAAGGAGGGUCUAAAAUGGGCACCGCAAAAAAUAGCCAAGCGAGAACACCAAAACGAUCUCAUUUGAAGAGCACCCCUAAAGAAAAGUCAAACCUUAAGACAGUCAUUCAUUCUGGUGGUAAAUCAUUCAAAAAGAAAAAAAAAAAAUUAAAAAAAAAAUAUGAACAUAUUCAUACGGUAAGUGAUAAUAAGGAUGAGCAUGUGAAGGCUCUUCUAAAUAUACACCAUAAUAGUCACCAUGGUGACACAGAUGAACAGGAAAAUUCCAUCAGCCUAAACAAUUGUAACGGCACGAAAUAUGUAUGUGCAAGGCUGCAGGAAGGAGACCUUAAUGGGGUGAACUUAGCCCCCAACGAUGAAGAAAAAACAGAGGAUAAUUUUCGAACAAAUGGAGAAAAUUUUAUUAAUCCUGCUUGGUCAAACCACAACCGUAGCAACGAUACGUGUCCUAGCCGGGUUACCAUCGACAGCCAGAGCAGCGGUCCGGCUCGCAAUGAUCAGGUCGCUGAUGGCGGUGAAGACAGCGCAGGUGGCGACCAUAACAAACAUGAUAACGAAGAUGACGCAGAUGAUGAGUCUUCGCAAUGUCCGAGUGAAAAAUUCAAAGAUUCACCAAGUGAGAAUCUUCCCCCUCCCCAUGUGCAAGAAAUGCAUAAAAUUAACCCCGUGUUGGAAGAAACACACUCCCGUAUAGUUAAACACAUAAUUGGACAGCCCGAUAUUAAACAUAACUUGUCCUCUGCAUCUGAUGUUUGCAGUUGCUCGGGGGUAGAGGAAGCUAACCCCAGGACGCUGGUCAAAAAUGUUGACAACACCAAUGAUGAAGUAGAAGGGUGUAGGACGGAGUCAUUUGCUGAGGGGAUUUCCCAAGAUGGUGGUGGUGAUGGUGGUGCUGUUAAUGAUGGUGAUGAUGAUGCAGGGGAAGGGGGACACCCAGGGGAAGACGUCAUAAGCGGCGAUGGAGAAGAGAUAAACAAGGGUAACUUAAAGGAACCGCUUAUGGAGGCAAGUAACGAGGUAGAUCCCCACGAGGCUAAAGACGUCUGGGGGGGUAGUACUCAUAUGGAUGCACUAGAGGAGGGGGAAAUAGGAAGAGAAACGAGUGGUGAUUACCAUCCAGAGGAGGACAAGGGAGAAAUGGGAAACCCUCCAAGUGAGGAAAGGUUCAAUGGCCUUUGUUCCGAAGAGAGAGGAGAUAUCGACUCGUCACGUGGCGGAGUCUCCGGAGAACAAGUUAGUGGUGACAUGAGUGUGGCUGGUGAUGUACAACAGCAGCGGGGAGAUGAAAAUGGCCACGGUAAAGAGUACCAAGGAGAAGAGCGUCAAGUGGAAAGUUACCGACCGGAGCAGGGCACACCCGCAAUCACACCCCCGGAAGAAAAGUUCGACUGGCGAAAGAUUCUAAGCUACAACAUGGACACGUCCAAUGGGGGACAAGGAGAAAUGGAAAAACUAAAUCGCCUAAUUAGCUUCCGAGAUAGUGCUGAAAAGUAUCUCCAAAGUUACAUAAACUCUUUCCUAAACGAUUUCUUUUUGAUGUCAUCCUAUCUGCCCUACCUACACUACUACGACCAGAAUACAUACGAUAAAAAGGAAAUGAAUUUUUUAAAAAUUGUGACCCAUUAUAUGGAUCAUUUCCACUGCAAUAAAAAAAUGAGCAAACAAAUACGAGACUUUAAAAACGAUUUUAUAAAUUCACCACUAAAUGAAAAAAUAAAAUAUGUCGAUGAGUUCCCAUUUUUAAAAUUGUCCGAAAUGUGCACAGACAGAGUCAAGGGCCAAUUUCUAAAGGAAAAAUGGGUCGAAAAUAAUUUUCUCCAAAUUGGGCUGAAUGAAUUUGGCUCACCGGUAGCGCAGGAAAGGAAGCAGCAGAAGGGGGAAGAGGAGGAUAAUCAUAGCCAGGUGGAGGAGACACAUGACGCCAAGGAUUCGCUUGAAAGGCGUCCCCUAAAGGAACCUAUAAAAGAGGAACAAGCAUAUCUUUUCCCCAGUGUUAAGGAGACGAAUCCAAACGGGUGCAGGCCAAAGACUUAUCACCAAAUGGGUGAAAAAUGGAACAACGAUAUUUUGUGCGAAAAAAUCAUAUCUGCUCCUUUUUUAAAACAAGGGGAAAUUUCUAAUGGUGACUUUAGGACGAAAAUGAAAACGAUGGUGCAUUCGUUAGAUGAUAGCGGAAGGACGUUUAUUCAAUUGAGUGACACGCAAAAAAAAAUGGACCAUGCUAGUGGGUCCUACCGUUCACACAGUAAACAUUUCAUUCGGAAACAUUUGAACACGGUGGUCAGAAACAAACUGUUCACGGUGCUUCAUUUGACCGAUGCCAAAUAUAGAGAAAAAAUUCACAUAAACAAUGAGGACCGGCAUAUUAUCAACAAUAUUUCUUUUUAUAAAAACAAAAUAAACAGAUUGUAUGCCUAUCUCAUGACUUGCACGCUUAUGGAUCACUCCCCGAACUUUACGAAGCCCCAUAUAUCAUGGAACGGGGGCUCCGAUGUGAAGGGAGAACCCAGAGAUGAUCUCCCAUCCGACAUAACCCCCAGCAAAAGCGAUAGCCUCCGCAGCAGCUCCACCGAAAUACACACAAAAAAUGAGCUCCAGGAAAAGGACAGUGGAUCCCCAAACAGUUGGAAGACUGUUUACAAUUUAAUUAAAAUUUCCGACGAAUUUGUAAAAAAUAAUGCAAGUACGCAGAAAAAUAAAAUCCCACGCAAUUGUAGCCGAGAGAGUCUAUCAAAAGAUAUGGAUAUCCUCACAAGAAUUAUUUUGCAAGACGGGGCAUAUAUUAGUGCACCGCGUGUGGUUGGACAAAAUGGAAAAGGAUCGUACAUCUCCACAUUGUCUAAUAAGGCGAAGAGGUUGAGUAGUUAUCCGGUCGAAUGUGGGGUGGAGGAAUGGGCAAUCCACAAUGGGAAGGGUGCGUUGGAGGUAUUAGCUGAUGGAGCCACGUGUUUUCCACACGUAACGAGCAAAUUGGACGAAGCGGGGAAUGAAACCCUCGAUAAAUCGGAAGAAGUCAGAGGGGGAGGUGAUCUGCAAUGCGGGCCCCGUGAACGUAGGGGAAAAAGGCGCACCUCAGGUUUGAGUGAAGGUGACCAAGUGAAUCACAGCGUACAGAACAGACUGGAGCAAAGACCAGAAGCACGAGGUAACCUCCAGCUCCCUGUGAAGAAAAAAAAAACAGACGACAGCAAAUUUCAGUUGUCUCCCGACUUACAAUUCAUAUACGAUGCGUACAACAACGGAGAACAAAUUAUCGUCGUUCAUAAUAAAAAACAAGGUUUGCAUAAUUUGGACAAGUGUACAAAAAUUACCCGUGUGUCAAAGCGAUCCCUGUUCCAUGCUAAUGACCUUGGGCAGAAUGGGGGUGGCCCUGCGAAGGGAAUUCCAUCCACUGUGUACAAGAGCCAAAUGGGUUACGCGAAGAAUACGAACGGGGCGAAUUUGCCCAUUUCAAAUUCUUCUCAUAUGGCAUAUUCGUACUAUGCACAAAGCCCUUACGACAAUAACAUGGCAUUUAUGCGCAACGACUUGUUUCGCCAGAGGAACGGAGAAGGCACCGAUAGGGGAUACAGUAAGGGGUCAUUGGGUGGAACGAAUGGGACCCAUAUCAUUAACAGUAAUCACAACAUGCUCAUGAAUUAUACCAUCGAGCAUUUGAGUAAAUUGGACAAUGUACAAAACAGGAUAAACUGUGUAGACAGUAAUAACAUCCUGGUGAAUAACUCCAGUGUGGAAUUUACAAAAUGUACAAAUUUGACAAACGCCUUUAACCCUCAAUAUGUACCUGGUGCUCUAAACUAUAUGAAUGGCAUAAAUUCAAGUGUGCACAAUUACUCAAAAGGGAAUUUAAAAGGUAUAAGUUAUUGUAUGAACAGGAAUAAUGUCAGUAACUACCUAACUGUGUCGAACAACUGCUUGAACCAAUUUGAUAAUUUUUCCCACAACAUGUACAACCAAAUGGGGAACACGAAUCCAUUUUUAUAUGAACAAAUGCAAAGGGAAAGCAAUACCUUAAUGAACCAAAAUGGAUACCCCCACUUUGCAUUAACGAAUAAUUAUUUUUCACAUGCUACUAAUUCUUUCACACAAAAUGGACAAGACGGUGGGAAUAACUGUGGAAGCUACUACCAGCCACAUGAGAACAUGAGUUAUACUAAUCAAGGCCAACAAAACGUCGCUAAUAAUGUAGACAGGGGGACGGUCCACAUAGAUGCAAGCAAACAAAUGCAGCAGCCGUGUGUAGAUUUACCAAACAGAACCAGCGACAACCAUUUUGCAGGUGUUACUCAGGAUGGCACUGAUUCUGCGAACCCUCAGCACAAGCCCAGUAGUGAACAUAUGGUGGAGAAGGACAAUAAUGAGGACGCGAUGGGUGUAGUUAAUCAACUGGAAGGAAAGCAACAAGGCUACCUUAACGAUGUAAGCCAGGAUUUAAAUUGCACACACACAGGUAGCACCACCAGCGGGGAAUGCAAAGGAGGAGAUGAUCAUAGGGAGGUUAAUGAGAAGAGUUACCCCCCCAAAGAAAUAAACGAACUGUUGGGGGACGGGAGCAAGCAUGUGGUCAAUACAGAUGUAGGUGGAAAAAACCAUCAACAGUGCGAUGGUAAUGAACCAAAUGGUGACGAACAGGCGAGUAACAUAACUGAAACGGGUGAGGACCAUCUUAAGAGGGAUGUAAAAAAAAGCAGUGACUAUAAUGAUUACAUUCAUGACAAAUUGGAAGUAGAAAAGGAGUCCCCCUUAAACUCGAAUAAUAAUUCUUCGCAAAAUAGUGGCCCAGACACUGGGGGCUCAGCGCCAGGGGUGGAAGACGCGGGUGAGGGGAAAGAAGAGGGGGAUAAUUGUCCCUCCACAGAAGGUACAAAUUCGCAUGUGGAUACCUAUCCAGAGGGUACCAUUAACGGGGACACGGGCGUAAGAAGCGUAGACGGCGACAAACACGAUGGUAGUGCCUCCCCUAACGCCACAGACACGGAUCCUCACAUAGAUUCUGCCUACCACCCAAGCAAUAAUGUCACCCCUCCGCUCCAAAAAAAGAACCACUCACAUGAAGAUAACACAACGAGUGAACAAGUUGCAGAUCAUCCCAACACGUCAAGCAACAAUGACGAGCAUGCAUGUAGCACAAAAGUUCAACAUGUAAUAAACACCUCAAAGGGGGUGAAGGACCCCGUUCAUAACACUCACCUAGUGAAUAACGAUAUUGGCUAUUUUAACAUGAAGAACCAACCCCCUAAUAACAACCACUGUGGCAGCAUUGCCAACUUGGACAUGGGUGCUCCUUUGGUAGAAGCAAAUCGGGACACUUCAUACUAUGGCGGUAGCUCUCCAUUUGGAGGAAACGGGGAAGAGAAAUCGAUAAAUAUUAACAAAACACAUUCCUUUUUUAAUGAAAACGAAAUGGGAGCCCCCAUGGAUGAUGCACAUAUUAGGGAUAGUGUGAUGAACGGCAUGGGCGGAAGUAGUCCCCUCAAUAGCCGGAGCACUGGAAUAGACAUAAACAAAUCGAACCACAUGAACAGUAUAGUCGUUUCCAUAAACAACACGGGGAAUGAAACGAAAUAUAAAAUGACCGAAGAGAUGGUCAACCGGAUGAGACAAGCAGAUGCAUACCAACCCCCCUAUGGGCAUUACCAAUUGAGCGAUCCAGACACGAGCAUGGCAAAUCUGUACAAGCAAUUCAGCGUGAAUGGUAUAAUGCCGCCUCCCUCUUAUCAUAAUGGAAGAAAUAAUAACAUGAAAAAUUACCAAAGUGCAGAAAUGAGGAAUAAUAUAAAUGUACAUAAUUACAAUAUGAAGAAAAAUGACAACGUCGAAAUGACAAAUGAAUAUUUGAGUAUGUCUCCCCCCGUGAACAAUUUCCCUACCCCGUAUGGAUACCUAUACAAUUAUAACAUGGGGAAUUAUUUUGUAAAUGGAGUCAACUGGGUCGGUUUAGAAAAUCGCACAAGUGAUAGACCUGUGAGGAAUAAUGUGAACUUUACGAAUUAUAAUGGCAUGUUCAAUGAAUACUGUGAUGGGGAUGAGGAGGAGUGGGAUGCUCAGCAAGAGGGUUCUCAUCAGGGGGAUCCGCAGCAGGACAGUUCACAUCAGGAGGAUGACGACCGAAGCGGUGGGUCCUUCCCGUCAUCCAGCAAUUUAAAAAAAAGGGACAAAAUGCAAAAGGAAAAGAAAAAUGCCAAUAUGAACACGAACAAACCACAACCAUUCGGGUUAAGUGCCAGCAAGAAAAAAAGGUUAGGAAACAAUGGACCCCCCACAGCCGAGAAAUUAAGCGAAUUGCUACAUGAGAAAAAUUUGUCAGUGCCACAAAUAGCUGCAAUAUACGGAGUGCACAGAACGACUGUCGCAAGAUGGUGCCACAAUAGGAACGUUAUCCAAAAGUCUAGUAGCUACCAGGGGAGGAAAAAAUCCUCCUCCACGGUGGGUGCCGAGUACACCUAG